GUGGUAAUAAGGAGCAGACACCUGCUGCCCUCAUUUUACGAGACGUGGACUGAGGGUGAGUGUCUGAGCCCCGGGGCCCAGGUUAAACACCUGUCGCUAGCUGUGCUCAUUUAAAUGCCUGGAGCUCACCUGUUCCCCAGCACCUGCCGUCUCAGGAAAAGUCAGAGCAGCUCAGUCACGGUUGUCACCGUGCUGAUAUCUGUCACAUCUCCUCUCUAACCUGGCAUGAACAUAAUUGUACUAAUGCUACGGUCAAUUAUUUACUUCCUGCCUUGCUCUGGUUUACUUUUACUUUGAGACCAGGUGUUUGAGGUAAGAGCUCCACUUUCUGCUUGUCCUCUAACACAGGCUUCCAGAAAAUAUUAGCAAACACAAAAAUCUGAAAGCCACAAUCCUGCGAUCUGUCUGCGAAUGAAGACGCUGUUAUUCCCGUUCUCCACAUACCCACUAGUUGUAAUUUACAGUUGUUGGAGCUCCUUAUGCUUUUAAUACCAAGCCAUUAACUGUGGGACCUCGUCCAUCCAGCUGUAAUGCAUCUACCAGUCGGAGGCAUGCCCUCGCUGCUUUAUCUCCUAGUUCUUCAGUUAACUCCAGUGCUCCCUGAUUCACGGCUGGAGGCAGCAGACGCCGUCUUUGCAGCAGUGUUCACUGAUUGAUUGCAUUGCAGUCUCAGUGGAACACUAAUGAUAGUUCUACAGUGAUUUAUAUCACUUUUUUCCCAGUUGUCACCAGAUUCAUUACGGCUGGAAAUAGGAAUUUAUCACGAGUGUUGUAACCUCGCAGUAUGAGACUGUUGGCUAAUGUCGAUGCAAUCCAACAGCUGGACGGUCACAGAUAAACCAUUUGUCACUUUUCUUAUCGUUACUGGCUUUAAAUCGAUAGGUGACCAUGAAUAUGAAGGCAGCAUAAUAAAAAGUAAUUGGUACGUGGAGCUACUAAUUAAGUUCUAAGGGAAACACACCCUGCUGAGGACAUCGUUCUUCAUCUGAACGUUGGAGUCUGUGCCACAUAAACCCAGAGUGUUGUCGGUGGAUAGGUUGAGAAGUGUUCAUCUCUCGCUGGCUUUGCUGCCUGUAGUAACACAUGUGCAUGUGAUCUGAACAUUCUCUGCUCGCUGCCGUUCCUGGACCUCGCUGCCGUUCCAGGGCGUGUGCUGCUUCAAGCUCCCCCGCUGAGAAAGGCUUUAUUAACAGAGUGUGACUCACGCCCUCCAACAUAGGACCCACCCAGAUCGCCCCAACGCUGCAUGCAUCGUUUUUCAUUGCUUUUUCUAACUUCCUGUGUUUUUUUUAUUGAUUUUUUACUUGGCCGCUCACUGUGUUUGUGGAAUCAUAAGACUGUAUCAGAACUUGAGGCCUGACUCCUGGGAGUGUCUCUCUUAAAUCCCAGUGACACAGCUGCAGCGGACAGUUCAGACCAGCAGUCUAACAUUCAGCAGUCAUAGAGCAGUCAUAGUAUUGGGGCAUGUUAAUGUGCAUGUGUUCUGUGUUGUGUCCCUGUUGUUGAUAUUCAGUGUGGAGGACCAAGCACACGAUCUUCUUCUGUGUGGGACCCACAGCACCACGCCCCGCAGUCCAAGUCCUGGUCCUCAAAGGAAAAUGUCACCCAGCAGUCUGUUUAGAAACCAGCACUGGGAAAAAGAUCUGUCUGAUAAAUUCAUGUCAGAAGUAUUUUAAGUCACUGUAGGGUGGGCGUCUGUUCUCUGUGGCAGGGAGGGAGCUGUCACAGUCAGAUCACAGGAUCUGUUGUCCUGAACCGAGCUCAGAGACUCUGGAGCUGUGAAUGAUGACAAGCCAAUGCCACUGGUGGAGGGUUCUUUGUUUACCACACACUUCAAACAUUUUAUCGUUGUCUGAUGCUAGGCUGCAGUUGCUUCAUCCGCCGUCAUGUUCACCAAAAAGAAGAAGUCUCGUAUCCAGAUCUCUGCCCCGUCUAACUUCGAGCAUCGUGUCCAUACGGACUUUGAUGAGCAGGAGCAGAAGUUUGUUGGGUUGCCACAGCAAUGGCAGUCGCUCAUCGAAGACACGGCCAAAAGGCCGAAACCCUUCAUCGACGCUACUAUCAUCACUACUGUAGAACCACGCAAGACUAUUGUGCGUGGCACCAAGAUGGGAGCGGACGGCUCUCUGACGUGGCUGCUGGAUGAGUUUGAUACCAUGUCGGUGACGCGUUCCAACUCCCUGCGGCGAGGAAGCCCUCCCGUUCAGCCUCGCCGGGACUCGAGCUCCUCAGGAGGAGGAGGAAGAGGCCAGGAGAACGGAGACCCCCACCACAGACACUACUCGCAGUCCGACAGACAGGAUCGAGAUCGAUCCAGACCAGAACACCAAACUGGAGUUGAGCGCACAGUGCAUCCUCCUCAGAGAGAGGACGGCGUCCAGGGUCGGCCUCAGCAGCAGCCCAGGGGCCAAGAACCCAGCAGGGCCCACAGAGAGCGGCCGGGCUCUGGCCCUCCCCCUCCCCCUCCCCCCCACAGAGAUAGAGAACCUCGGGACAGGGACCAGGCUGUUCACACCAAGGUCAACCUCUGUCUCCAGUGA